UGCUUCUCAGUGUCUUUUACAGCAAGUGAGAGAACAACUGUAUAUGUUUAAGGACUAGAAUUAAUAUUAGAAUUCCAUUUAUAUAACGAUCCAGCAACUUUUCUCGUGACCAAACGCACACCCUCAGUAUAAGAAACAUUCCCAGCUUCUCGAUGUCACUUUACUUUCCACAGUUAGAACGACAGAACCUUUAUUACGGAAUGGUGAGCACUUUCCACUGGUGGCUCUUCUCAUGGACUCUGGUGUCUUUGGCCUCAGCGAAGCAAGGAUGUCUAUCUAGUGGUUUGCUUGACAGAAGAAAUUCUACUCCAUCUUUCACUAUCGGAAAUGGCAUCACUCUGAGGUUCAAACUUCGAAAUUCAGUCAAGCGGCUUAUUCUUCAUGCAGCCCUAGAAGACGAUAAUGAACAAGAGUUGUAUGAGCUGGGGAUGAUAGAAAACAUGAAAGUUGUGUGGGGAGACAUGGAGGUUACACUGAAGGAUUCUAAAACUCACAACAAUGUGUUUAAGGUCCCUUGGCCCCCCAUACUUAUACCCCAAGCUUGGACAACGCUGUUUCUUCGUCUUCAUUACCACCAUUUUCUUCAAUUAGCACUUGUUCCUCACGAAGCCAUGGGAAAAUCUCGCGGUUUUGUACACUCCCAGAUCUUUGUAAAACCAACUGCCAUCACUACCAACCUUGAGAGAUUUGGUGUUACGAAACUCCGGUUGAAGCUUCUCACUUCCAAUAUAUCCAUAGAAUAUACUGUAAACUGUGGCCAAGAAUCCCUAGCAACAACCUUUGCCUCAGAGUUUGGAAUACUUUCAAAUGAAUCCUUCUGGCGCAAUAUGGCAUGGAUUUUUCUGGGGAUCAUGUUAGUUACUGUGGUGAUUCUUAUUUUAACAUUAAUCAAGAUAUAUUAUGACAGAAGAAAACAGAAGCCCAACAGCUUCAUACUGGCAAGAUUUCAGUCUGGUGGCAAGGAAAGUGCGUCUCCUGGUCCUGUAAUGGUGUCAUCCACUCGAGGUGGUAAGCAAAAGGAAUCUGGAGGGAUGGAAGAUGAAAGUGGACUGCAGCCUCCCCGGGUUACUGUGGGUGUGGUGUCCUCUCGGGCCCCCUCACCUGGUCAUGAAGUUGAUGAAACCACCAUGGAUUAUGUUAACAAGGCAUUCUCAUAUGAUAACUGAUAUCCCAUUACUACCAAUGAAGCAUGAUUUCUUAAAAAAUUCUCAAAUACAUGCAGAUAAAAUUUGAUCAAGUUUUAACUUGAAGUAAAAUUCCUAAACAUUAUACAACAAAAACAAACAGUAUGUAGUAAAUAAUUUUCUUCCUCUUACCAUGCUA